UAUAUAUAUAUAUACAUAUAUAUAUAUUAUUUAAUGGAGAUAGAAAAACUUUAUGGCCCUACUAAUGUCAUUGUUACGUUAAGCUCCAAAAAAUUAUCUAUAAAAAGGAGACUGUCACAAUCAAAAUUACCUGCAGACAAUAUUCCUAAAAGAAAAAAAGGACUCAAUGAUAUUAGUUCUUUAAAUUCAAUUAAUCAACAAACGAGUGUAGAAGAAGAAGAAGAAGAAGAAGAAGAAGAAGAAAAUGAAAAUUUGAGUACAAGACAACAACAUUGGCCAUGCCAUACAAAGGUUUUAUUUAAUGAAUCACCCUAUUUUGCUUCACUCUUUAGUGAAAACUUUAGUGAAACAAAUGCUAGUAUUGCUUAUCUUCCAUCUAGUAUCAUUGAUAGUUCAGCUCUUAAUCAUGUCUUAAAAUACAUGUAUACACAUCAAAUAUACAAGCCAAAGGAACUGAAAGAGUUAUGUGAUAUGUAUUCAGCUGCAGAUUAUCUAGGUAUGGAUGAAUUAUGUGUUCAAAUAACAAAACUAAUGAUGGAAACUGUUCACAACUGCAAUUGUUACUGUAAUCAAUGUCAAUGCAAUGUUUCUCAAUUAUUUCCCUUUUGUAGAAUGCGAGCUAUUGAACUCCAAGAUGAAAAGAUGGCUAUCAUGACACAGAAGAUAAUUACAAUCUUAGCAAAUGAUCCAGAGAAAACAUUGUCUACCUUUUGGGCUAGUCGUCACAUGGCUCAUCUCUUGAUACAACUUCCACAAGAUGUAAGUCAGGCACUUUCAUUGAAAGUGCUUCAUCGUGUGAAUAAAUCAAACGCGAUUGAAUCGCUUUAUGCAUGUUUUUCUACAUCCAAUGCUUUAUCCAUUAAAGACCCUUUACUCUCUUGGACUAAGCCUCUUCAUGCUACUUUAACAUCGGUUCAAUCUUGUUCUACAAAAAUAAUCGCUAGUCACUUUGACUUCUUUUGUCGAGAAUAUCCAGCUCUUUUAUCAUGUAUAGAUGGAAUCACUUAUUCUUUUGAUUUUCUUGAAUAUUUACUACUUUAUAUUCUAGAAGAUCAAAUGGAUUAUAGUAAUGUUGGUAUAUUAUACCAAGGUAUUGUUUGUGAUCUCAUGUCGAGACAUGCUGUUCAAUACAACGAUCAAGUCAAGCAUAUUUUGAAUGUAGCAAAAGUCAUGAUUCUUCAUUAUAUCAUUCGACGUUUAGGAGAUAUUCGGCAACAGGGAGGUUUAGAUAACUUGGAAAAAAGCGUAUUAAAGCAAUUAGCUGAUGAAAUUAAUGUACGACCCAAGUCACUCAUUAGUUCUGACCAUCCCCUUUUCCAUCGCGGUCUAUUUUCAUUUUUACUGCCUUCUAUACCUACUUUACACCCUUCUACUUCAACUCAAACCAAUCGUCUUUCACGUUAUUCUUCUCGUUCUACUACUAAUACUACUACUCAUACUACGUAUACAACACAGAGGCAUCUUAGUUUGCCAUCAAGAAUCACGAGUCAUUCAGUGAAUAAUAGUUAUUCAACCCCUUCUUUUACAAGCCAUCUUACACGGUUACUCAAAAAACUGGGUUCGUAUCAUUCUUCACGGCUUCAAGUCACACAAACACCCAGUAUAUUUCCAAAUCGCACACUAUCCACGUCUACAACCCGGACAACAGCGUCUACUUCUUCAUGGUCACAUGUCAAAUUAGAAAAGCAUACGAAAAGGAAAGCCAUUUCAUUUUCACCCAUUGUAAAACAAAAGACAUCUUUAAAAAACAGGCAAGUGAGUGCACCGAUGAUAGGAUUACAUAGACGAGUUCAAUUAAUAAGAAGACCCAUUUUAACUGUGGGUACUGUUGCUUAUGUUGGUUGUGUUAAUUUUGCAGAGGGUAUAUGGGUUGGUGUAGAACUUGAUAGACGAGUUGGUAAAAAUGAUGGCUCAGUAGAUGGUUUUAGAUAUUUUGCAUCUUCUCCUAAUAGAGGCGUUUUUGUUCGACCUGAAGAUAUUGCUUUGGUUGUAUAAGAUAGUAAACUAAUAUGAC